AUGUUGAAAAAUACUGAAAAUGGGUAUCCUCCACACUUUUUUGUGUGGCUUGGCACAUUUGUAUGCCCAUUUUUAUUAAAUAUAGCUGUAAUUCUCUUCAUUUGCUUUAUUUACUCAUCGUCAGCAGCUGAACAUUCAACCCGCAAUAUUAUUUGCUACACAACAAUAUGUGUUCACUACGUGAUUGGCAUGAUAUUCUUCGGAAUAUUCAUAUUUACAACAAAUAUUAUAGAAACGAUCGCAGAUAAUUACGUUUUAGGAUUAUUCGCAGCAAUAUGCAUGACAAUUGGUUAUCCACUUUACUAUUUGUUCACGCUUCCAUUCAUUGUUUACUAUCUUAUAUUAGCAAUCGGAACUCCUUAUCAACUUUGGGAAAAAAUGACAAAAGGAAAUUGCUGCUCAUGUUUAAGUUUAUCAGAUUCAAAUCAUGCAGGAAUUAUGGUGUUAAAGGGACUUUACAUUGGUUUAGGCUUCUUUCUCUUCUUAAUUCUUUAUAUUAUCGUAUUUAUCAUAUCAAUCCCGCUCCUUUAUAUUUUCCUCUUCCCAUUGGGUUUCGGUCCAUUUGGAUGCUGUUUACAUCAGUAUAUCCUCGAAAGAAUGGAAACUAUAGAUAGACUUUGGCACUUAAUGAAUACUUGUGGCCGUAUGGAAAUUCAAGCGCAUGCUUUCGGUCAGUGCCUAGCAAUGAUUAUCCUUGCCGCUGUUGCACUUGGUUUGGUUGGUGUUCUAAUUUGGUAUCACUUAUUACUUCUUAUUGUAGCAAUUUUGUGCUUCCUUCUUUGCUUCUAUCCAGCAGUUUUCCCAUGGGUUAGCUGGUCAUCUAAGCAAAUGGUAUAA